AUGCCGAAGAAAAAAUACCCAAACGAAAAAAUCCGGAAACUACAAAACGAAUUCUUUGGAGCUCAAAGAUCACAAAAAAUAGUAAAAUGUUAUUCCCGACCUCAAAAGCGCUUUUCCCAACAACUCGAAAUCCAAAUGGGCUUUGGCGAUGGGAAAAUAGCAGAAACGACUUCUGAGCAAGCAGAGACCUCUGUCGUCAUAUCAGAAGAAGUUGAGAAACGCCUUGAUGAGUUGACUGAAACGACUCAGACAUUAGAAAACAGUGGUGACUUGAAGUUUAAAAAGAAACGGUUGAACUUCUUCAAGCUCUUUCAGUUCAUGAAGAAAGACGAAGUCACUGCACAAGUGAUUGAGACGGAACUGAAAGAAAUACAAGUAGAGACCAAUCUUGUUCACAAAGAACCCAUUAACAUAAUCAAAGACAUUCCAAUUGAUAUGAAAAAUGUGGUCGAUACCAAAGUCGAAGUCCUUCCCCCCAAAGAAGUCGAACUGAAAAAGUCCGAAGUCAAUCCACUUGUCCAUAUUAGUGACACUAAAAUCCCUCUUUGGAUCGAUGAGAAUGAUAAAACUAAGGUCCGUAUUAUGAGGGCGGGAUUUUUAAUUGGUGUCGGAGCAAUGAUCAUGAUAUGUGUCAUCUUUUUUAUAGUGUUAGGAAUUUUGAUUUAG